AUGGCCCAGGUUCUGGGAGGUGGGAGGCCAUACAGUCGAAACCUCAACCAGGAGAGCUGGCCGGAGGCCCUGGCUUCCCUUUCUGUCCUGGCUUGGUACUCCACAUCAGCAUUUUCACGGCUGGAGAAGUUGGGCAUCAGACAUCCCAAGCCUUUUCCUUUUAUUGGAAACUUGAUGUUUUUCCGUCAGGGAUUUUGGGAAAGCCAACUGGAGCUCAGAAAGCGAUACGGACCUCUGAGUGGGUAUUACCUUGGUCGUCAGAUGUUUAUUGUUAUUUCUGAACCAGACAUGAUUGAGCAGGUGUUGGUUGAGAACUUCAGUAACUUUAGCAACAGAAUGGCAUCGGGCUUGGAGACCAAGCCAGUAGCUGACAGUGUUCUGUUUCUACGUGACAAAAGGUGGGAGGAGGUCCGAGGUGUCCUGACUCCUGCCUUCAGUCCUGAGAAGCUGAGUGAGAUGAUUCCUCUCAUCAAUCAAGCCUGUGACCUUCUCCUGACUCAUUUAAAAUGCUAUGCAGACGCCGGAGCCGCUUUUGACAUUCAGAGGUGUUACUGCUGCUACACCACCGACCUGGUGGCCAGCAUCGCCUUCGGCACCCAGCUGGACUCCCAGGCGGCACCCGAACACCCCUUUGUGACUCACUGCAAGCGUUUCUUCAAGUUCUCCAUCCCCAAACCCAUCCUGGUUCUGAGCCUAUUGUUUCCAUCCAUAAUGAUCCCGUUGGCCCGGAUUUUGCCCAAUAAGAACCGAGAGGAGCUGCAUGGCUUCUUUCAGAAACUCAUUAGGAACGCGGUUGCCUCGAGGGACCAGGGAGCAGCAGACAAGAGACGGAAAGACUUCCUUCAGCUGGUCCUGGAUGCCCGCCACUCUGUGAGCUGUGUGGAUGUGAAGAGCUUUGACAUGGUCAGACAGAUCUUCUCAGACGACUGCCCAGAGCCUCCUCCCCAGCUCCAUGCACCCCAGAUGCCAUCAAAGCCACUGACCAUGGAUGAGAUUAUGGGCCAGGCCUCCAUCUUCCUCAUCGCUGGCUAUGAGAUUGUCACCAACACUCUCUCUUUUGCCACCUACCUCCUGGCCACCCACCCUGACUGCCAGGAGAAACUUCUAAGCGAGGUGGACAGUUUCUACGAGAAGCACGCCCCCACCGAGUACUGCAGCCUCCAGGAAGGCCUGCCCUACCUGGACAUGGUGAUCGCAGAGACCUUGAGAUUAUAUCCACCAGCUUUCAGGUUCACGAGGGAGGCAGCGAAGGACUGUGAGCUCCUGGGGCAGCACAUCCCUGCGGGCACUGUGCUGGAGACAGCAGUAGGUGCCCUGCAUCAUGACCCAGAGCACUGGCCAGAGCCUGAGGCCUUCGACCCCGAGAGGUUUACAGCAGAGGCCAGGAAGCGGCAGCGGCCAUUCACCUACCUGCCCUUUGGGGCCGGCCCGCGGAGCUGUCUCGGGGUACGACUAGGGCUGCUUGAGAUCAAGCUGACGCUGCUCCGAGUACUGCGUGCCUUCCGGUUCCAGGCCUGCGUCGAGACCCAGGUACCACUGCAGCUGGCAUCCAACUUGGCCCUCGCUCCAAAAACUGGUGUCUCCAUCAAGAUAGUGCCCCGCUGA